AACGGUGCCACCAAUAACAAUGCAGUUUCAUUGGACGACAGCGGAGGAAUAGACUUCAAAAAAAAAAAAAUACAAACGCCGCAGCAGCCAGAGUCUGCCCAUUAACCUGUGGAGGUAUUUUCUGGGCUGUGUCGGGAGUUUUGAUACUUAUUGCCGCUGUUGACAAGAUGUUGACUGGAGUCUACACUGGAGGUGGAGGUGUUUUCAGGGAAGGAGUGUAUUAACCGUGCCAGCAGCAGCACGGAGCUAAACUGUUGGAUUUAGUUGACCCGUUUCACGCCCUUGACGCUCUGUUCCAGUGCUGUCCUCUGAUCCACAACCCCCGGCUGCUUAAUCCAUCUCCCUGGUGACAACUUAUGACCUCGUGUCCUGAUGUGUUGGUGAUAUGGGAGAGUGGUGGACAACUGAGGCAUCAAUGGAAAACUAUGAGAUAUCCAGCAUAUCACAUGUUACGAUGUCACCCUCGAGACAGAACAGCUUUGUGUCAUCGUACUCGUUUCCCUUGGCAAAAAGCUCCUACAGUGUAAUAAGUGCCUUUUGCACAGAGGAUAACAUUCUUCAGUGCAUUUCAUACAUCAAUCAGGAGCUCGCCUCACUGGGCCUCUCCUCUACGUAUAUUGAGGCCACCUCACCAGAGGGGACUGGCCUGAAUGCAGUACCGGCUCUGAAUGCCAUGUAUGAGCUGCUACAGAUUCACAGGCGAACUAUGAGCACUGUAGAAGGGCUUGAGAAAGAGCAGCUAAAGAAAUCCAGCACCAUGGAGCUUAUGCAGACGAGCAAUACCAGACUCAAGGAUCAGUUGGAACUGUCAAUAAGGGAGAAAUCUGGUCUGCAUGAAAUGGAGAGGCAGCUGCAACUGAAAAUUAAGACUUUGCAGAGCUGCUUAAAAACAGAAAAGGAUGAGGUCCAGAAGCUCCAAAGUAUCAUUGCUAGCCGUGCCUCUCAGUACAGUCAUGAUGCCAAAAGAAAAGAGAGAGAAGCUGCAAAGCUCAGAGAGCGCCUCAGCCAGCUGCUGGUUGACAGAAAGGAUAAGAAACUAGUAGCUAUCGAUGUACUGAAUUCCUUGGGACGGUCAGAUGGGAAAAGGGGUCACUGGAAGACUGCAAAAGCGACAGCCAGCCACGAGGGUGAGAUGUACAAGUCUUUGCUCAGUGACUACGAGGCAAGUCAGAAGUCUUUGAUGCUGGAGAACGCUGAGCUUAAGAAAGUCCUCCAGCAGAUGAAGAAGGAGAUGAUUCAUAUCCUGAGUCCACGCAGUUCUUCUGGCCGAGGAGCCACUGCUGAUGACAGCCAGGAGCAGCAUCAUGAUUCAGAUGGGGAGGAGAAAACAGGAGACACCAGCAGAGAAACUCUGGAUCAGUCCUGUGAGCAUGCCAGGGAGCAGCUAACAAACAGCAUCCGUCAGCAGUGGAGGAAGCUGAGGAACCAUGUGGAGAAAUUAGACAGCCAAGUCUCUCAAGUGCAGAAUCAGCUGGAGUCUAAUAAAGAGAUGAUACCUCUGGAAACCCACGAGGAUGAGAUGGAGAGGAUGAGGUGUGAAGUCCAGCAGUGCAAAGAGUUCAUUCAUGCACAACAGCAGCUACUUCAGCAACAACUCAACACCUCGUUUGACGAUGAGACUGCCGCUCUCCUUAAUGACUGCUACACACUGGAGGAGAAGGAGCGUCUCAAAGAGGAAUGGAGGCUCUUUGAAGAACAAAAGAGAAACUUCGAGAGGGAGAGAACGAACUUCACCGAGGCUGCUAUUCGUCUGGGCCGAGAGAAAAAGGCCUUCGAAGAGGAUCGCGCUUCAUGGCUCAAGAAUCAGUUUUUGAAUUUGACUCCCUUUACAGACCGAAGGAGAUGCUCCUCAUCAGAUGGUCACAGUGCCUUAUCAGUUAGAAGUGAGCCAGAGAUCAGGAGGUCUUCAGUGAAAGCUCAGCUGGCCAAAUCAUCUACCUACACAACGUUCUCCACUCCCAGAUCUUCACAAAGUGCUGCUGUGCCAUCAACUCCUGAACUUUACCGGACACUCCGCUUAAUACCAGAAAGCAGUUCCACCAGACAUUCAAAUCGAGGACUCUGGCAAGAGUGUAGCACCAUUGAAGAUGGAGAUAAUCGGGUCAAGGCAAAAAACGGAGGUCGAUGCAGUGACUUGAGUAUUUUCUCUAUGGGUGAAGAUGAGAACAGCCUCAAUUAAAGAAGAACUUUUAAGUGC